AAAGUAGUUCCAACCCCUUUCUUCCGUUCCGCGUUCCGUUCCGCUCCGCCGCUCGCGUUCGUGAUUUCGACGCCAUCUUGGGGAAACGUCGAGUGGCAGAGAAGCCCCCUUUCUCGCAAAUUUGUUUGGAUUUACAGCAGUUUUGAGUAUUUAGUCAAAUCAUGGGACGUUACGAUAGACGAGGGUCUCGCGACAGGGACAGGGAUCGUCGCAGAAGCCGGAGUAGAAGUCGGGACAGGAGGAGGCGCAGCAGAUCACGCAGCCGAAGCAGGGACAGGUUCAGGGACAGGGACUUUGGACGCGGUGGCGGCGGCGGGCGUGGCGGUGGUGGCCGUGGCAGCCAGCCUGGAGGAAACCUGAGAAAGCCCAGAUGGGACACUAGCCGCCUGGAGCCGUUCAAGAAGGAUUUCUAUGUUCCACAUCCUGAUACUUCUAGCAGACCUCAGCAUGAAGUUGAAGAAUAUCGUAAGAGUAAGGAGAUUACUCUGAAAGGACGCAAUGUCCCAAGUCCCAUCCUGUCCUUUGAAGAAUCAAGUUUCCCAGAUUACGUUCUGAGAGAAGUGAGGAGAGCUGGCUUUAAGGAUCCAACCCCUAUCCAGGCACAGGGCUGGCCCAUUGCUUUGAGUGGAAGGGACAUGGUUGGCAUUGCCAUGACUGGCUCAGGAAAGACAUUAUCAUACACACUGCCAGCAAUAGUCCACAUCAACAACCAACCGAGGCUACAGAGAGGUGACGGCCCUAUUGCCCUUAUUCUUGCUCCAACUCGUGAGUUGGCUCAGCAGAUCCAGCAAGUUGCUGAUGACUUUGGUAGAUCCUCACAAAUCAGGAAUACAUGCAUUUUUGGCGGAGCACCUAAGGCACCUCAGGCUCGUGACUUGGAAAGGGGUGUUGAAAUUGUAAUUGCAACUCCGGGUCGAUUGAUUGAUUUCCUUGAAAGUGGACGCACCAAUCUAAAACGCUGCACAUACCUUGUACUCGAUGAAGCUGAUAGAAUGUUGGACAUGGGCUUUGAACCCCAGAUCCGGAAGAUUAUUGAUCAAAUUAGACCUGACCGUCAGACAUUGAUGUGGUCUGCAACUUGGCCAAAAGAAGUGCGAAACCUUGCUGAAGAGUUUCUCAGAGACUACACCCAACUGAAUGUUGGCUCUCUCCAACUCUCAGCCAACCAUAACAUUCUUCAAAUUGUUGAUGUAUGCCAAGAAUAUGAGAAAGAGAGCAAGUUGAGCACACUUCUCAAAGAAAUUAUGGCUGAAAAGGAGAACAAGAGCAUCGUGUUUAUUGAGACAAAGCGACGGGUAGACGAGAUAACUCGUAAAAUGAAACGUGAUGGUUGGCCUGCCUCAUGCAUCCAUGGAGACAAAACUCAACAAGAACGAGACUGGGUGCUACAAGAUUUUAGGUCGGGGAAGUCUCCUAUUCUGGUGGCCACAGAUGUAGCAGCUCGUGGACUUGAUGUUGAAGAUGUCAAGUUUGUCAUCAAUUUUGACUAUCCCUCCUCGUCGGAAGACUACGUACAUCGCAUCGGCAGAACCGGUCGCUCCCAACGAACUGGCACUGCCUAUACUUUCUUCACAUCUCAGAAUGCCAAGCAGGCUUCUGAUUUGGUCGCUGUCCUCAAAGAGGCCAAUCAAGUCAUUAACCCAAAACUGAUGGAAAUGGCUGAAUCGUCUCGUGGAUUUGGUGGUGGGAGAAGCCGCAAUCGCUGGCGCGGUGGUCGCGGCCGUGGAGGCGGUGGCGGCCGGUCUCGUAGCCGCAGCCCUCGCAGCCGUAGCCGAAGCAGAAGCCGCAGCCCCCGGAGGCGAGACAGGAGCUACUCCCGGGACGAUAGAUCAGGAGACCCCCAGACUGGAGGUUUGUUGCCCACUCUGGUGUCCCUGCACAUGCCACUAGAUCCAGCAGCUCUGCAAACUCGAGAUUUUCUACCUGGCCGCCUGCCGGGCAGUUUAGCAACAUUCACUAACUCUCCCUCUCACCUUCCCACUUCAUACAACAGCCCUUCCUAUGUAUCAACACUGUACAGUCUAGGUAACUCAGGUGCUGCUUACUCAGUAUUGCCUGAUAAGAUUGUAUACAGUGAUAAUCAGAGGGUUCGUUGGUAGUCCACUCACUUUUUCUAAGUUUGUACUAUGUAAGGGUAAGCUCAUGUUGAUGAUAGUUUCAAAUUUGAGGCAUAACUCACAGAUUUAUUGCCCUCUGAUUCUUUUUUUCCCUUAAUUCCCUUAUCCAAGGAAAAGUAUUCACCUCUAGUGUUUUCAUUUUGUAUUUGAGAAUUUUACUUGUUAUCUAUCCAUUUGUCUUUUGAAACUACUACAGGAGCGAGUAGAAAGAUAAUUUAAAGAUAAAAUUCUGUGAGACUUCUUUUUAUUUUAUUGCAGUCAAAUCUUAAUUAACAUUUCUUGGUUGAUUAGAAUUGAGCCUUCAUAAUUCUGUCCUAGCAGCUAAUGUUUCCAAUAUGCAUCUAACUAAGUUACAGCUCCAUUCUCAUUUAGUUUUUUUCAUUUUGGUCUGGAUGCAUAGUUUGUAAGGUUUUAGUAUCUUGUUUUAUGCUGCUAGUUAUGUCAGUUCACUCCUUAUCUUUAAAUAAAUUUUGUUUGAGAGUC